AUGACUACCUACGUCGAGUGGGAAUGGGCAUGGUUAGCCAAUGUUUCACAGUUUGGACUACCAAUCUUGCGAUUUCUCCAGAGCUAUCCUCCGAGGGGAAGUACGGAGCUGAUUGGCCAAAACUGGCUAUUCCUGCUGGCCAAUGGAUGUUUGAAAGAGAAGCAUCUUGCAGUGGGAUGUGACCGGUCGGUGCUCAGCCAUCAAGUCUCUAAUGAGGUCGUUGCUCUGGCCAACCUGGAGAAGUUCAUGAUGGUUGGAAAGAAAUCCGGCGACUUGUAUCUGCUGGAUCAAAAUGACUGUGCAUCGUAUCCGCCUCAUGGACCUUGA